CACACGAAAUAAUUCAGUGGAAUAACGUAGGACGAAACUGCGUCAAACAUUUUCUUUACACCAGUGGGAGCCGGAAACGUGGCGGCGGAAGUGAAGUUUUAAUAAACUCUCCGUGUGUUCGCGCGCUUUUCUGUCAGUGUGCGCAUGAACCGCUGCGCGCGCUACAUUCCUGCGUUUUGGACACACACACACACACAAACACACACACACUUUCCCUCUCCUUUAGGAGCUUGAGCAUUGCCUUGGCGCAUCCCGGCGUGGUGUUUUAUUCCGGUCUUAUCAGCUCUGGACUCGGUUAAUGAUUCGCUUUCGGGAUUUUUGAGGGUUUUUUUUUUUUUUUUAAACAUCCUUGGGGAGGAGACGGGUUUGAGAAAUCCGACACCGCCAUUUCCUCACAGUCCUCCCGCUCCCUCAGGUGUAUUUCCGCCGGCUUUAGGUAACGACGUUGCGGCAUCUGAUUUCAUCUUCACCUCGCAAACAUGUUUUGUGGUCUAAACUGGUGUUUAAAUUGACCUGGGUUUUAUUUCUUUAUUUUUUGGGGGGAUCACACUCUUUACAUCUGUACAUUUGAACACUGACACACUUCAGAGACUUUUUCUUUCCCCUUCACCUGAGGAAACCCAAGAGAGGUCUCGUUUUCUCUUGAUUCGCCUCAUGAACUGAGGUGACGAGUCCAUUCCCGCCAUGUGUUUCUUAGGAAUUACCUGCGGAGAGAGACGCGUCCCCGCAGAGAGGGGGAAAGGCUGGUGAAACAUUCAUUCUACCGUCUCGUGUUUUGCUGAAGAAAGUCGGCUUCUGGCGGAUGGCUGCGGCGCGCAGACACCGGACUGAGCGCGAGGACGCGGUCGCGUGGCCGAGAAUGAGCGCGAGCUUCUGGGCUGCGCUGCUGCUCGCGAGCCUGCUGAUUGCCUACUGCGGUCAGUUGGCGGCCGGGACGUGUGAGAUUGUGACAUUGGACAAAGACAGCAGUCAGCCGCGGAGGACUAUAGCUCGGCAGACAGCCCGCUGUGCCUGCAAGAAGGGCCAAAUUGCCGGUACGACUAGAGCCAGCCCUGCCUGUGUGGACGCCCGUAUCGUGAGGACCAAGCAGUGGUGUGACAUGGUGCCAUGUCUGGAUGAUGAAGGCUGUGACCUUUUGGUAAAUAGAUCAGGCUGGACUUGCACACAGCCCAGCGGCCGGGUCAAAACUACCACGGUCUCCUAACACUGGCCGAAGUUCUAAUGGUGUGGAGAGCUUCAUGUGGACUCUAUAGCCCGACGAGCUCUUUGCUCCUGCCCGCCUGCUGUAGAUAACUUGCUGUCUGUCAUCAGCUCAACAUCCACCUCCAACUGCCUGUCUGUAGCUCCGCUUUGUAAAUGGGCAGCGCCCCCUAGUGCCACGGAGGACAUACGUCCACACAGCAUCUCACACAGAGCACCCUAGAGCCUGCAGGACUGCUGCUUGUGAAGGGCUUUGUGUUCUUUAAGGCUCGCUGGAUGUCUACACCCUUGUCAAGGCCAGAUCUUAGGUUCUGACCCACACGCUCUGUGAAUAGGCCUUCUGCUGGAGUCCACCUUUGGCACUCAAACAAGUUUUACUGACCAAAGAGGAAAAGUAACAAACAGCUAAACAAACAAUACCUUAACAAACGGAGUUCAGAGAGGAAGGGCUGAGCGAGGAGAAAUUAAGACACCAAGCCCUGUUAUCAUGUCCACCAAGUUAAAGCACUGGAAUUGAAGAAUUGCUUUGUGCAAAUGAACUGAUCAAAAUUAACUAAAUUCCAGUAGUACCUUUAAUACUUUGCAUAAUUUUUUUUUUCUUGAACUGAACCCACUGUAUUUUGAAUCUGGAAAUAUAGGCACUGUAUACAUAUAUAAUGUGUAUAAAGAAAAUGAGAUUUGCAUUUUUUCAGUAGCAAACUUUGGGACAAUUUGCAAUAAGCAUGGUUGGUCACAGUUAAAGAGUACAAGUGUUGAUCCUUAAUGGACAAAAAAGUGAAUAUAUGGAAGAAAAAAGAAACAAACAAUACCAUCAUUUCAAAUUGCCGGAAAAGGAGUCAGAAAUCAUUUUGAAAGGCCUACAGUUAUAUAUUUAACAGUUUUCUAUGUUGUAUCUUUGUAGAGAACCUUAUUUAACAUGAAUAAUGUGGUGGGAAUGGCAGUAAUAGAAUGUGGAUAAUAAGCUGUUUCAUGCCGGCCUGCAGCAGCCUGCUCUUUCUCCUGCAGCAGUAGCAGCUCUCCUUUAACACCCAUUUCACACACAUGACCACUUCUUCUAUACUAAACAGAUGGAUGGAAAAAAGGACAGCAUACAGAGGGGAAAAAAAAGAAAUGAUCGAUUACAGAAAACUGAACUUUGUAUCCCACUUUAGUAUGCGGGGCCAUGAAAAUCGCUAUUUGCUAUCGUAUUGUAAAGGUGUAGAAAAAAAUGAGUCAUUUCUCUAUGGAUUUUAUCUAAUUUAUUUUUGUGCUUGUGUUUGUUUGCACAGUGCCACCAUCAAGAGUGUUGACACAUACAGAGAGAGUUAAGAGAGUCUUAGAAUCAUUUACAUGAAAAUACUUUUUUAUUCUGAAAUAUUUUAAGAAUAAAUUAAAUAUGUGAAAGAAGAAAUGAGUUGCUAAAAUAGAAUUUUAAUAUGCAAUGGUUAUCCCUGCUGAAAGAGUAGAAACCCUCAUAGAAUUUAUAAUGGUUUUAAUGGAUAUAAUGGGAAUUGUAUUGAUUUUAAGGGCAAUUGCAAUGGUCCCUGUCGGUCUCUACCGGUAAUUUGUUGCCUUUUGUUGGUGGUAUGUUAUGUCUAUGAAUGUCUAACAUUAAGGACCAAUAAUGGUAAUGGUAAUGGUUUUAUUGGUUAGCUGAUGCUUUGUAAUGGUAUUUCUGGUGGAAAACAUCAGAAUUUCUGUGAUGGCUUCUAUUGUUGUUGUUUUUUUCAGCAGGGAUGUUUGAGGCUGCUGACCUUUGUUUAUUGUUCUGGAAAAAAAAUCUGUCUUUCCAAUGAUGUCCACAUUUGGAAGAAGAAGAGCUGAUAUACGUUAAAUGUGUGUGAUGUUAGCAUAAAAUUCAUGAACACAGCUUGAGAUCAAGCAUUCACUCAUAGAUUUCAGAAUUACUGUCUGAUCAAAACACACACACUCUAAAUGCCCAACAGAAAAAGAGUGACUCCAAUGAGUGUCUGUUGGAAAUUGUAAACUCUUUACAAGUAAUAACACUUAUAGGAUGAUUUUUUUAGAAGAGUGAUGCAUAAUUAAAAAAUGGGAACAUAAACAAUGCUAUAAAUGGCAUAUAUUUUUCUACAUUCAAUUCAGUUGUAUUUGUAUAGGGCUUUUAACAAUGGAUUUUAUCACAAGUGACACAUCAAGUGACCGGUUUAAUAUCAGCAAAAAUAAUGCAUUUGCAUAGACUUACAUUAUGCAACUAAAGAUGAGAACUGUGAAAUUGGUUCUGGCAGCCCUAGAGUGUGUGUACACGCUGUUGCACAAACACAUGAAUGCACACAUAGCCAUGGCUCAGUACAUUUACAUUGCUAAAAGUUAGACACAUUGAGCAGCUCAGUAACUUUUCGCCCUGAGUCAUCACCAGCAGCUAUAGAACCAGGACAUGAGGUUACAUUAUAUAACUCGGGGGUCAUUUCACACAAUCAAACGAAGAAUGAAGCUUACACAUGCUAUUCUGCUGUAAACCUCUGACCGUGAUUAAUACCUCCAGCUAGAGAGGACCCAGAGCAAACACACACACAUAAGAAAGGCAGUGUCUUCUGUGUGUUCCUUUGUGUGUGUGUGUUUAUGAAUUAAUGGAGUCCAAAUGUCCCUACAAGAGUGAGAAUAUCUGUCAGAUUUGACAUUGUGGGGGCAUUUAACAAGACUAGUCCACUAGAAAUGUUUUUUUUAUUAUUAUUAAUUUUUUUUAGUUUAUUUUAUUUAUUUAUUUAUUUUACAAAAACUGCAGAUUUUAUUUAGAAAAUUAAAUGAGGAAAAAAAGGUUUACUGAGGUUAAGGUUUGGUUUAUGUCAUCAUGUCAAUGGAAGGUCCUCACAAGGAUAGUACAACAAAGGUGUGUGUGUGUGUCAGUAACAGUCAGGAUAGCAUCAAUUUCAGGGAAAUUAUGAAAUUGAAUACUAAAUAAAAUCACCACAUGGUCUGUACAAUUAAAAUAAUAUGUGUGACAUGCUCAUGCAGUUUGUAUGGCAACCAGACAGUAGUAGAAUUAAUGGUAGUUUUCAGAAUCUGUCAAUUAAUUAUUCAAGGGAUCUACCAUCAACCAUCUUGCCAUACUAAUAAUGUGAAUAUGCUUAGGAAACAAAAUACCUUUAUGACCGUUCCACUGAAAUUAUGAUGACGUGCUAGUCAUGGUAGCAAAUGACAUUGCAUCUUAUAAAACCAGCUCUACCUUUCUUUUUCUCCUCCUGCAUAAACCUACACAGUACUACACAGGCUGCCACCUCAAUAUCCUGAUCCUCAGAGUGUAGCUAGUUGGCUGGCAGUUUUUAAACUGAAAUGGGCCAAACGCAUGAUUCCAAGUGGUUAAUCCUGUUUCUCUCACCAUAGCAUCUGGUAGAAAAUAAAAUGUGAUGACACAAAAUGAGGGAUGCAUUUGUGUGACGUUUGGAGUGGUUAAAUAUAGAGGAAUCAUAAUGAAGGUGUUGGGUCCGAGUCCAGCUUUUUCGAGUUGAGACCAGGUCCUUAAGCAAUUGAGUCCAAAAGGGGCAGAGUUGGACUCAAUUCCAAGUCCUUAAUGGAAGAGUCCAGAAAGCAAUUAAACUGAAAAAAACAUUCACAAACCAAUGGCAACAUAAAUGUAACAAAAAAAUAACCUUCUUGGCAAUCUUAAUAUUUUUAUUUCAUGUCAUCAGCACCUCAAUUAGUUGCCUAUCAAAAAAUAGAUAUAGAGGUAUAUGUAGAACUUUUAUUAUAUUACAAGUGUAUGAAAAUACAAAUGAACCUGUGACACUGACUGUGAGCUAGCUUUUGGCAGAAUUGAGAUCUGUCAGCCAAUAAGACACAAGUAUUUCCAUGUAUUUUCUUGUAAAACCCUGUCUGAUUGGUCUCGCCUCCGUUCACUGAAGAUAUAAAAAUUACAACACCGACAUCUUCUUUUGUUAGCAUGUUCGCCUCAAAUUUCCAGGGUCGAGGGUUCAAUUCCCGCCUUGGCCCUGUAUGUGCGGAGUUUGUAUGUUCUCCCUGUGCUGCGGGGGUUUCCUCUGGGUACUCUGGUUUCCUCCCCCAGUCCAAAGACAUGCAUGGUAGGCUGAUUGGCAUGUCCAGAGUGUCUGUAGUGUAUGCAUGGGUGUGUGAAUGUGUAUGUGAUUGUGCCCUGCGAUGGAUUGGCACCCUGUCUAGGGUGUACCCUGCCUUUUGCCCGAUGCUCCCUGGGAUAGGCUCCAGGUUUCCCUUGACCCUGAAGGAAGGAUAAGCAGUAUAGAAGAUGGAUGGAUGAA